AUGACGAAGAAUCCAACCGAUGCGAAGGAUUUGAUUGAGAAGAUGGCGGCUAAUGAUAAUUACCAUCCAAGGGGAAUAAAUGUUAUCAACACAAGUAAUAAACAUGAUGUUGAUGCUCUAACCAUGUUUACUAGUUCUGUGCAGGCACUAACUCAUAAGGUCAAUUUACUCCAAGCUGAGUCCCCUCGACCCUCGAUGGAAACUUGUCAGAUGUGUGGAUUGCAAGGCCAUACGGCGCGGGAGUGUCAGCCCAAUUAUGAUGGAAUGACGAUUGAGCAAGCUAAUGCUUUCUAUACCACGACCUCCAAAAGGCCAGUUGAUGAAGGGUGGAGAAAUCAUCAAGGGUUCUCAUACAAGAACACUCAAGCUAUAGCAAAUCCUCCACCACCACCAGCUUUUCAAGCAAGGUCACCUUUCAAUCAUCAUCCCAUGCACCAACCACCACCUCAAUCUUCAAAUCUUGAAUCCAUUAUGGAGACUUUUGCUACCUCCCAAUGUCAACAACAAGAGCUUAUAUCAAAGCAAUUUGAUUUACAAGCAAAGCAAAAUGAAUAUUUUGAAAACUCGAUUCAAUUGCUUUUUGCUCAAAAUAAGAGGAUAGAAACUCAUCUUUCUCAACUAUCACAACAAGUGAGUCAUCUAUCAACUCUUCAAGAUCAAGCAAAAGUCCAAACGAAACAACGCAAUGCAAUUUUCGUGAAAAGAGAUGGAUUGACUACGGGGGGAUUAGAGGAGAAAGUGUGCAAUCUGGAGUCAAAAACUGAAAUGAGCGAGAAUGAAGGUCCCAAAUAUGUCGCUCCACAAGCCUAUGAGGAACCGAUGCCUUUCCCGCAAAGGUUAUCAAAAGUCGUGCUCGAUAAGCAUUUUAGGAAAUAUUCUGAGACUCUUAAGAAGAAAUUAGAAAGUUUGGUAGUAAAGGAGAAAUGUCCUGAUCCUUUACAUGAUAGCUUACCACCUAAAUUGCAUGAUCCUGGUAGUUUUACUAUCCCUUGUAUGAUAAACGAAACAUAUUUUGAUAGGGUCUUGUGUGAUAUGGGUGCUAGUGUUAACUUAAUGCCUUCUUUAGUGUAUGACAAAUUAGGUUUGAAAAACCUUAAACCCUCUCCUAUAUCUCUUCAUAUGGCUGAUAGAACUGUUAGACUCCCUAAGGGUGUAGUUGAAGAUGUAUUAGUUGGGAUUGAUCAUAAGAUCCCACUCAUCUUUGGUCGCCCUUUUCUUGCUACAAGUCAAGCUUUAAUAGAUGUUCCUAAAGGACAAGUGACCAUUAGAGCUCAGGAUAAACAAGUUGUGUUUAAGCUUUUCAAUGACCAUAAUUUUACUUUUGAUGGUGGUACUUGUUUGAGAAUCGAUGCUACUAACCUUUUGGUUGAUAAGUGUAUUUCUAAUAGAAAUCCUGUGAGCAAAAAGGACAAUAUUCCACCACAUGAUGGGUUUAAUUACAUGAAGGUCAAUUCGAAUACAAAGCACAUCAACUCUAAUUUGAAGGAGUCGUUUGGAGGUGGAUAUAUUGAUGAGAAAUACCACAGAGUAUCUUCUCCGUGUGGUGACCCAGGUUGA